AUGAAUUUCUCUCAGAGGCACAGUAAGCUAUUUUACAAACUAGUUAGAUCGUCAUGCUCCGCUAAUACUAAAGUAAACAACGUCAACAACAUUCUCUAUUCUGAACCUUUGGAAAUCCUAGAACAAUGGCACAAACAUUUCCAACAAUUAGCCACACCACCACCGGACAUUAAUAACGACUUAACAAGAGAGCAGUUAUCAAAAAUACAAAAUGAGGCCAUCGUGGAAAUUGAACUCUCAAAAGGCACUACGAUCAAGCCUAUAUCGGAAACAGAAGUGGGGAUUAUUAUAAAAAGCCUCAACUCCGGAAAGGCCAUGGACGCAAACGGCAUAUCAGCAGAACAUCUGAAAUAUGCAGGGGACGAAUUAGCAGCUACCCUAUCAAACAUCUUCAAUAAGUUACUGCAAAAUCUGGACAUAACCCAGCCGAUGAAAGAAGGGAUAUUAACACCUAUACUCAAAAUGGGAAAGGAUAAAACAAUACCAUCCAACUAUAGAGGUAUCACAGUCGCAAAAACGUUCUCCAAAGUCUUCGAGGCCGUCGUGAAAUCCAGAAUAACAAGCAAAAUCCACUACAGAGAGGGUUUACGUCAGGAGCACAAAAAACCUUUGACACGGUGA